UCUUCACGUCACUACCUCAUUUUACGGCCGUGUUUUGGUCUGCCGUAAAGCGAAACGCGUGGACUCGGCGGAAGGUUAAAGCGAACCUCUCUGGUCGAAGUGAUUCCUAUCAAACACGCAUCAUGCCGUUUGUGGACCUGCAGACUCGGCUCGGCAUCAACGCUGAUAAAUGGCUGCUGACUCAGAGCAGCCUUCAGCCCAAGCAUAAGGCGGCGCGCUGCCACGCUUUUGAGAAGGAUUGGAUCGAGUGCUCCCACAACAUUGGGCAGGCCCGCUCCCAGAAGGAGUGCCAUCUGGAGUUAGAGGAUUUCAACGAGUGCUUGCACAAGAAGAAGACAAGCAAGAGGCUGUACGCCAUCCGUCAGCAGCGUGAUAAGAUGAUUAAGGAGGGGACGUACACCCCGCCGCCCUGCCACUCAGGACAGGCUAACCCGUCUCCAUGAGGCAGCAGCUCUGCACAGCUCUUCCUGUUCUCAUCAGCUAGCCAUAUUUCCUGUUCCCUGUACAAUUUAGCAAAUAAAUGUUAUUAUUAAAUAUCUAACCAUUCA